UGGUGAGGCAGACAUUGGUACAGUUCUUCAGGGCUCAUCUGUGCAUCGUAGGUAACUCCUAGGAGAGGUCAGACUUGCUGUGCCCAAGGAGUGAUCACAAUUUUAAUUUCAGCUUCUGUGACCUGUUUAUGGAACCGCUGAAGUCAGGAGCGCUUAGGAUUUGCUUGCAGUGGUUUUUCUCUCACAAUCCUACAUGAAGUUGCAAGAUUAUUUCUCUGUUAUCUGUUUGAGAUGGUUAGGGCCUGAAACUUGUCCUAUGGAGGUUGCAAGAUCGUAGCUAGCCUGCUGUCCUGGGCGCUCUAGUUCACUGUUGCAUCUUCAGGUUAGCAAGUUUUUUCUUGCCAGCUGCAAUAAUCCUUAGAGCUUUUCAGUCUCCUCUCUCAACCCAUGUGAUAUUCUCCUGAUGGAACGGCAGCUUUUUCAUCAUUACUGGUUGGCGUGCUAAUGGCAGGUUACAGCUCAGGCCGACUUUGUCUUUUAGAGGUGGUUAGUCUAAGCAGUGUCACUCUGCUUGACUGGUUUGAAACAGUUGAGUCGGCUCCUUCGCUGCCGCCCUCUGGGGACAGAGCUGGCCAAUUUUCAAAGGUUUGGCUCACAUGCUCUCUGGGAGCAAAAGGUGAUGUGGGCUUUUAACAGUGAGAUCUUGCAAAGUAAGUAUUCAAUUUAGGCACCCAGAUGAAAGAUGCGGUCCGACUUUCAAAAGAAAACAGUGCAUGUCUUAUGCAAUUGUUGCUGUAUUAGAGAAUUGCAGGAUGGAGAUGAAUAUAGAUGUUUGAAAUCCAUCUUUACCCUCAUUGUUUGACACUAUAUACUGUGGCGAUUCACAUUGUCCAUCCACUUAACCAGAUUGUUUAAAGAUAACUGUCGUUAUUUAUAGCCCUUCCUGCUGCUAUUUCAAGAGCUGGGUUUGACACAGUGGGAUACCAACAAAGCGGAGGGCUGGCACUCCUUCCUCUGUUUGUGUCGCUGCGAUAGAAAGACUCCGUGGCAGCACUAGCAUAAAGAGCUUUAGCAAAAGCUGCCUUGGCUUGAGCGCUUAAACUUUAGCUUCUCAAUGGCUGCUAUUGCAGAAUAAGGUUGGAAGAGUUGAGUACCAAUCUCUAUAUAUCUCUGUAUUUAUUUUUUAUUAAUUUGAAGCUCUGAUGUAUUUUCCAGCAAUCGCUCCAUCAGCCUCCCUAUCACCUCACUUCCGUUUCAGAAUUGUAAAGCUGCUUAAAUCACCUUCUGCCCACCUCUAUCCUUUGUGCAGGUCACUAUGCUUAGCGUAUGUUUUUUGAUAUGAGAUUCUACAACAGUUUUUUGUGGCACAAAUGGUGUUUUGAAGAUUCAGGCUGCCCUCUGCCUCUUCUGGCACAUUUCCAGGAAGAAGGUAAAUAGUGAGUUGAAGGGGUUGAAUUAAGUGAUGUGCAUGGCUGUUGGAGCUAGUGCCCAAGCUCGGAGGAAGUCUAAGGUGUUCAGGUGCAUUGUGAGUCUCCUGGGGCAGAGAAGCAUGUUCAGAAAUCUGUUUCUCUUGCUUCUGCUGUUACUUGUCUGUAGGGAGUCCGUCUCUUCCCUCUUGCUGUGGAAUUUGUGCUCAGAAAUCUCACACAGGAGCAGGAAGGAAGACUGCUUCUGUGAAGAUGAUCUUGUGGAUCACUGAGAUAGUCUUGUGGUGGCCUUUAACUGGCUGUGGAGCUCUCUACACUGCUGUCAGUGGGUUCUUGGGGGCAAGAAAAAGUAUUGGUGCCACAGAUCUGUGCUGAAAGAACAUGUGAUGUCUGGAACGGGAACAGCAUCUCAGCUGUCAGCACUACCAGUGCAGAAUGAAACUUAACUGGAACGUGCAGGCUUUCCUCGUGAUCUCAGGUUCACUGACAUUUUACAGUGCUCCAUUAAGGAAGGAGCUUUGUGGGUGAAUCAGCCUCAGCUGGAUGGGGUAGCAUCCAUCUCUGGAUGUGUAUUAUUGCAGAAAUCAGGAUGUUGGAUCUUUUUGGAAAUUUCCAACAGAUGCUCCAAGCCUUCUGGUGCUGGUUAUGUUGCAUACUCCCCCCGAAGGCACUGUUGUUGCUGCAUCCUUCAUGCGUGCAGAUAUUCCUUAGUGGGAGGCUGAUUGGAGACAAGCAGGAAGCUGGAUCCUUUGGGUCGCUGUGCUCAGUGAAAUGUGAUGGAGUCCCAUUCACUGACCUUCAGGUGCAGGGUAAGAGAAGGAGUCCAGACUGUAAGUAAAGCACUGGAAUACUCUGAGCUGCAGAAGGCAUGCUGAUGUUUGCUUUGUUUAGGUGCACCAAUGUUCCUGGUCAUAAGAGCCUUUGGCCCCAGAAACUUGUCUAAACUUGUCACUAAAUAAGCUACAAUGGUUCUCUUUUUGGUCUCCCUGGGAAAGGAGGAAAAUUCCAGGAGAACACAAGUUAGUUUAGUAUGCCCAUGUGCUGUUAUCAGGGGACUUGUCGUCUAGAUUGUUAGUGGCCUGCACCAAGUCAGCUCUGCAGCUAAUGGUAAGCAUACUUCUGUCAGUGGAAGUACUGCAGCACAUUCAGAGAUGGCAUCGGCUGGUAAUCCUCCUGAAUUUUAGCACCACUAAUACGUUGAAAGAUGAGGCUGAAAGCUGCCCAGGUAGAGCAUAGCUUGGAAAUUACAUUCGGGGAAUUUGUGUCCCCCACUGGGAGUUAUGAGUGAGCUGAAAUCUGUAGUUUGCAGAACUGUUUUGUGGGGGUCUCUGCUUUCCUUUUUUACUUGGGUGAAACUCUGUAGCUCUGAUUACUAUUAAAGAGCCUUCCUCAUGGAAAUAGACUUUCUGGUGAGUUAGUAGUUUAGUGGAGAUCAUAGGAGAUACCUCAAAAUGUGGAUUGCUCAGCAAAUGUGAGCAGGACUAAUUAGCAGUGGCAUCUAAAUGUAUUAAAUAUUUGUGUGUGUUGGGGGGGGGGUGUUAAAUCUUUACUCAGGCUCUGCUGGUUACCUGUCUCAAAUACCUGUAUUAUAAACCAGCCAUGAGCGUUGACUGGAGGAAGUCACGAUCACUGCUGUAAAGAGUGAGUAUUUGAUGACAGGCCUCCCUGAGAUAAGAGGAUUCUUUGAGACAGAAGGGCUAGUGGUCUUACCUCAAGUGAGCAAUACCUGUGAAAAUCUCCUUGCACCUAGAUCAUCUCGAAGGACAUGGAGGAAGGCUUGAGGUUUGUAUGCUGGUGAGACCUGAAUGUUCUCCUCCAGAGGAAGAGGUUGAGGGAUUCAUUGCCUUUUAACAAACAGGGAGAGGAAUAUGGAGCGCACUGUUGGCUCUUCUGAAGUUGUGGGUUGGAGCCCCUUCUCGGAAUUGAAACUAGUGGCUCAGCUUGCAAGAAGAGUUCAGAUAAGAAUACUUAUGAUUUGUGACAAUCGCAUCUAAUAUUGCUAUUUUCUCCCUAUAUUGGAAAGGGAUCUCAGUAGAAUAGCCAUAAGAAUAAAAGAUUUAAGUUGCAUCAUGGAAAGUUCUUUUUGUGGUAAAAUAACAGUAGCUUGCUAGCAUUCUUUGAAGAGGCUUGCCCGAAGAUGAACAUGAUCAAGCUUUGAAAGUACCAAACACUUUUUUUUGUAGGCAUUAAAUUUCUACCAUUAGAGAGCUCAGUAGGACUGUUCCUGGAUACAGUGUCUGUUUCUGUAGCCUGCUGCCUGAGGCCUCCUGUUUCUGCGAAUGGACCUGGGAGAAUGUACAAAGAUCCAUGACUUGGCACUGCGAGCAGAUUAUGAGAUUGCAAGUAAAGAGAGAGAUCUGUUUUUUGAGCUGGAUGCAAUGGAUCACCUGGAAUCCUUCAUCGCAGAGUGUGAUAGGAGAACAGAGCUGGCCAAGAAACGCCUGGCUGAGACACAGGAAGAGAUCAGUGCCGAAGUGUCUGCAAAGGCAGAGAAAGUACAUGAGCUGAAUGAAGACAUUGGAAAACUCCUAGCUAAAGCUGAACAGCUGGGAGCUGAAGGAAAUGUUGAUGAGUCUCAAAAGAUCCUGAUGGAAGUGGAGAAGGUCCGAGCAAAAAAGAAAGAGGCGGAGGAAGAAUACCGAAAUUCAAUGCCUGCAUCCAGUUUCCAGCAGCAGAAGCUCCGUGUGUGUGAAGUCUGUUCAGCAUAUCUGGGUCUCCAUGACAACGACCGCCGUCUUGCUGACCACUUUGGAGGCAAAUUACACUUGGGUUUCAUUCAGAUUCGUGAGAAACUGGAUCAGCUGAGGAAAACAGUGGCAGAAAAGCAAGAGAAGAGAAACCAGGAUCGUUUGAGACGGAGAGAGGAGAGGGAACGAGAGGAGAGAAUGGGCAGACGGUCUGGAUCAAGAAAUAGAGAUCGUCGAAGAUCACGGUCUCGGGAUAGGAGGCGAAGACGCUCGAGAUCAGCUUCCCGUGAACGGCGGAAGUCUCGCUCCCGGUCCCGAGACCGACACAGACGCCACCGGAGCCGUUCCCGCAGCCAUAGCAGAGGUCACCGACGGGGGUCCAGAGACAGGAGUUCAAAACACAAAUCUUCUAGAGAUCGAUCUUCAAGAGAAAAGUCACGAGACAGAGAGAGAAAAGAGAAGAGCUCUUCUGAGAGACGGCACGAGAGCACAAAUGGCAAAUCUCGUUCCAAGAGAUCAGAAGAGAGAGAAGCUGGCGAGAUCUGAACUCAAACGAUCUGUGUUGCACUGUAAAUAGUCUGAUAAACAUUCUACACAAAGCCUAAAUUUCCCAUUUAUAUUUACUGAAUACAACUCAUCUUUUGUAGUUUGGAAUUUUUAUUGUUUGGCAGAUAGCUGUGAGUUUGUAGAGACACAGAGUUACGUACUGUUUAACAGGAUUUUGUUUUAGUAGGAAUAAAUAAAUCUGGACAGAUCGUUUUCAAUUCAGGC